AUGGCUUCCUACGAUCCUACCGAUCCUGAGAUGCAGUAUCUUGCUGUGGACCGCAAGAAGUUGCUGAAGGAGCAAAAGCAGUCCUUUGAUGCCAAGAAAUCUUGCUGGGCGCCUGAUGCUGAACAAGGUUUCCGUGCUGCAGAACUGAAGAGCACAAAGGGCGAAGAAGUCACUCUCCUCAUCCUUGAGACGAAUGAGACUAAGACGUUCAAAAAGGAUGAAGUUCAGUCGAUGAAUCCUCCCAAGUUCGAGAAGAUCGAAGAUAUCGCCAACAUGACCUACUUGAACGAAGCAGCCGUCUUGUACAACCUGAGGUCCAGAUACACCUCUGGCUUGAUCUAUACCUAUUCCGGGUUGUUCUGUAUCGCCAUCAACCCCUACCGCCGUCUCCCCAUCUACACCCCGUCCAUUGUGGCCAAGUACAGAGGCAAGAGGAAGACCGAGAUGCCACCUCAUUUGUUCUCCAUCUCUGACAACGCCUACCAGUUCAUGGUGCAAGAUCGCGAGAACCAGUCUAUGCUGAUCACAGGUGAGUCUGGCGCCGGAAAGACUGAGAACACCAAGAAAGUCAUCGCCUACUUCGCCUUUGUCGCCGCCGCGUCUAAAGGAGAAGGGGAACAGGAGGAAAAGAAGGGGUCCCUCGAGGAUCAAAUCGUGCAGGCCAAUCCAGUUCUUGAGGCGUAUGGCAACGCAAAAACAUCCCGAAACAACAACUCCUCCAGAUUCGGAAAGUUUGUGAGGAUCCACUUCGCCACGUCCGGCAAAAUUGCAGGAGCUGACAUUGAAACAUACCUAUUGGAGAAGUCCCGUGUCACCUAUCAACAAUCUGUGGAGAGAAAUUACCACAUUUUCUACCAGAUGCUAUCAAAUGCUGUUCCAUCUGUACUAGAUACUAUCGUUGCCAAAACUGAUGCUGGUCUGUACACCUUCAUCAACCAGGGUGUCCUUACAGUCAACGGCAUUGACGACAAGGAGGAGAUGAAGAUGACUGAUGAAGCCUUUGAUGUCCUGGGAUUCACUGCUGAGGAGAAAACCAGUGCCUACAAAUGCACUGGCUCUAUCCUACACAUGGGUGAGAUGGCGUUUAAGCAGAAGGGUGAACAGGCUGAGCCUGAUGGAACUGCUGAAGCUGAGAAGGUUUCCUUCCUGUUGGGUGUCAACUGUGGUGACUUCCUGAAGGCUCUGUGUAAACCCAAGAUCAAGGUGGCCAUGGAUUACGUCACCCAAGGACGAACCAAGGAUCAGGUUCUCUAUUCUGUUGGUGCUUUGUCCAAGUCCCUCUAUGAUCGUGUGUUCAACUGGCUGGUUAAGAGGGUCAAUCACUCUCUGGACACCAAGAAACCGAGACAAUUCUUCAUUGGUGUGCUGGAUAUUGCAGGAUUCGAAAUCUUUGAUUUCAACAGCUUUGAACAGCUGUGCAUCAAUUACACCAACGAACGCCUUCAGCAGUUCUUCAACCACCACAUGUUUGUGCUGGAACAGGAGGAAUAUAAGAAAGAAGGUAUCCAGUGGGAGUUCAUCGACUUUGGAAUGGACUUGCAGGCCUGCAUUGAGCUCAUUGAAAAGCCGUUAGGUAUCCUGUCCAUCCUGGAAGAGGAGUGUAUGUUCCCCAAAGCAUCUGACAAGACCUUCAAGGACAAACUGACUCAGAACCACAUGGGCAAAUCUCCAAACUUCCUUAAGCCAAACAAGUCUAUGAAAGGAGGUCAACACGGAGACUUCGCCUUGAAGCACUACGCCGGAACAGUCCCCUACAACAUCGGCGGGUGGUUGGAGAAGAACAAGGACCCUGUCAACGAAACCAUUGUGGAUCUCCUGAAACAAUCCAAGGAACCACUCGUCCAACUACUCUUCACUCCAGCUGAAGGAGAUGCUGCAGCCGCUUCAGGGGGUAGCAAGAAGAAGAAGAAGAGCUCUGCCUUCCAGACCAUCUCAGCCACUCACAGGGAAUCCUUGAACAAGCUCAUGAAAAAUUUGUACACAACUCAUCCUCACUUUGUGCGUUGUAUCAUCCCCAACGAAACCAAGACACCCGGCCUGAUUGAUGCCGCUCUCGUGCUCCACCAGCUCCAAUGUAACGGUGUACUUGAGGGUAUCCGUAUCUGCAGGAAGGGCUUCCCGAGCAGAGUCGUGUACUCAGAAUUCAAACAGAGGUAUUCUAUCCUUGCCCCAAAUGCAAUUCCUCAAGGUUUUGUGGAAGGUAAAGUAGUCUCUGGAAAGAUUCUUGAGGAGCUGAAGAUGAACCCAGACGAUUAUCGUCUCGGUAAUACCAAAGUGUUUUUCAAAGCGGGUGUCCUUGGUUACCUUGAGGAACUCCGUGACGAGCGACUGUCCACAAUCGUGGCUCUGUUCCAGGCUCACAUCCGUGGAUACUUGAUGAGGAAAUACCUGAAGAAUCUACAUGACAAAAGAGUUGCCCUGGAAAUGAUACAGAAGAACAUCCGCAAGUGGCUGGCCAUGAGGAACUGGUGUUGGUGGAGAUUCUACACCAAGGUCAAGCCUCUUCUUAGUAUUGCUGCUGCUGAGGAUGAAAUGAAACAGAAGGAGGAAGCACUGGUCAAAACAAAAGAAGAGCUUGAGAAGAUCACAUCCAGGUCAAAGGAACUCGAGGAACAGAAUGUAACCUUGAUGCAGGCAAAAAAUGAUUUGUUCCUAGAGGUCCAGACCAAACAAGACACUAUCGAUGACUGUGAAGAAAGAGUUGAGCAACUGCUGAGGCAGAAAAGUGACUUUGAAGCUCAGUUGAAGGAACUGGAGGAGCGUCUUCUGGAUGAGGAAGAUGUAAAUUCUGCUGCAGUUGAGAAGAGGAGACAAAUUGAAACUGAAAACAAUGAGCUGAAGAAAGAUAUUGAAGAACUUGAGAGCUGUCUUGAAAAGUCGGAACAAGAAACUAAAACCAAAGAAAACCAAAUCAGGACACUAGAAGAAGAGAUUGCCCAGAAAGACGAAGCCUUGGCCAAACUGACAAAGAACAAAAAGGACAUUGAAACUCAAAACCAGAAGACCUCUGAUGCUCUUCAAGCCGAAGAAGACAAGGUGAAUCACUUGACUAAACUGAAAAAUAAACUGGAGCACUCGCUGGAUGAUAUGGAGGUGACACUCCAACGUGAGAAGAAGAUGCGAGGAGAUGUUGAAAAGGUCAAGAGAAAGUUAGAACAGGAUCUGAAGAUAUCACAAGAAGCUGUUGAAGAACUUGAGCGCAUCAAAAGAGAAAUGGAGGAAACUGUCAAAAGGAAAGACAAAGACAUAUCCUCGCUUAAUACCCAAGUAGAGGAAGAACAAGGUCUUGUUGCUAAACUCCAAAGGAAAGUCAAAGAUCUUCAGGAUCACAUUGAAGAACUUGAAGAAGAAUUUGAAGCUGAGAGACAGUCUAGAAACAAGGUUGAAAAGCAGAAAAUAGAACUUGAACGUGAAUUGGAGGAACUGUCUGAACGUCUUGAUGAAGCUGGAGGUGCUACUGCUGCCCAGGUCGAGUUAAAUAAGAGGCGGGAACAGGAACUCAUGAAGCUUCGUCGCGACUUGGAAGAGAAUACUUUGAACCACGAGUCACAGGCUACCGUCCUUCGUAAGAAGCACCAGGAUGCUUUCAACGAGCUCAAUGACCAGCUGGACCAAAUAGUAAAACACAAAAUCAAACUUGAAAAGGAGAAGCAGACAAUGAAGGAAGAGACUGAUGAACUCCAAGCUCAGCUGGAACAUGUGAAAAAGAAUAGAGGCUGUUCUGAAAAGAUGACCAAACAAAUGGAAAGCCAGAUCAGCGAGUUGAAUGUGAGAAUAGAGGAAGGAUCUCGACAGAUCACAGAGUUGCAGUCCUCCAAAAUGAAACUGCAGACAGAGUGCAGUGACCUUACCCGUCAGCUUGAGGAGGUUGAACAUAACAUUAGUCACGUGACUAAAGAAAAAUCCACUUUGUCCAGUAACCUGGAAGAAGCCAAAAACAGUCUUGAAGAGGAAACAAGGAUGCGCAUGAAGCUCCAAACUGAAGCACGCAACCUUAAUGCUGACAUGGAGAACGUCCAUGAUCAGUUGGAGGAAGAGCAGGAGAAGACAGCUACUCUUCAACGUCAACUUGCAAAGGCCAACAAUGAAGUUCAGCAGUGGAAGUCUAAGUAUGAGACUGAAGGCAUCACAAGAAUGGACGAAUUAGAAGAGUCAAGGCGCCGUCUCCAGGCUAAACUAACUGAAGCAGAGCAGAACAUGGAAUCAGCCUACAGCAAGUGUAAUUCUCUGGAGAAGGUGAAGUGUAGACUGCAAGGAGAGUUGGAGGACCUCAUGGUCGAUGUUGAGAGGGCCAACUCAACGUGCACCGCUAUGGACAAGAAGCAGAGGAUGUUUGAUAAGACUGUUCAAGAAUGGCAGACGAAGGUUACCUUCCUUCAGACUGAACUUGAGGGAUGUCAAAAGGAGACACGUUCCUACUCGACUGAAAUAUUCCGCCUCAAGGGCCAGGCUGAGGAAUAUCAGAGUCAAAUUGAGGCUUUAACAAGGGAGAACAAGAACCUGUCUGAAGAAAUCCAUGACCUCACUGGCCAGUUGAGUGAUGGCGGCCGCGGCGUUCAUGACAUUGAGAAGGCCUGCAAACGUCUCCAGAUAGAGAAGGAGGAACUCCAGACUGCACUUGAGGAGGCCGAGUCAUCUCUGGAACAGGAGGAGGCGAAGGUGGCGAAGAUAACCAUGGAGCUUGCUCACGUCAGAGCUGACAUUGACAGACGUGUUGCAGAGAAAGACGAAGACUUUGAAAACACUCGGCGCAAUCACCAAAGAGCCCUCGAGUCCCUACAGGCCAGCCUAGAGGCGGAAACUAAAGGAAAGGCGGAAGCAAUAAAGAAUAAGAAGAAGUUGGAGCAGGAUAUCAACGAGCUUGAGAUAUCCCUGGAUGCUGCGGGGCGAGCAAGAGCAGAAGCUGAGAAAAUUUCGAAGAAAUGCCAAGUUGAAAUAAAGGAGCUGUGCAUCAGGGUUGACGACUUCCAGAGGUCACACGAAGAGUCACGUGAAGCCUACCAGACUCUUGAGCGACGCUGUAACAUGCUGAAGGGUGAGAAUGAGGAGAUGCGUACGUCCCUCGAAUCAUCUGAACGCGCCCGUAAGGCCGCUGAAGUCGAGCUGAACGACGCCUCAGAUCGUGUGAAUGAGCUUACUGUCCAGAUGACUUCCAUCUCCAGCCAGAAGAGGAAGUUUGAUAGCGAAAUCACCUCUAUGAUGUCUGACUUAGAUGACAUGAACAAUCAACUCAAGACAUCUGAAGAUAAUUGUAAGCAUGCUGUUGCUGAUUGCACUCGCCUGUCUGAUGAGCUUCGCAUCGAGCAGGACCACAGUAGACAGCUGGAGAAGGCCAAGAAACACUUUGAGGGUCAAGUGAAAGAGCUUCAGAUGAGAAUUGAUGAUGCCGAGGCCAUGGGACUCAAGGGAGGAAGGAAGAUGAUACAGAAACUCGAACAGAAGAUUCGUGAACUUGAGACUGAACUUGAGAACGAGCAGCAACGCCAUGCUGAGAACCAGAAGAAUUCUCGUCUUGCUGAUCGUCGUCUGAAAGAGAUUGCCUUCCAGGCAGAUGAGGACAGGAAGACCCAGGAGAGACUCCAAGAGACUGUGGACAAGCUGAAUGCUAAAUUGAAGACAUACAAAAUGCAGAUUGAGGAAGCGGAGGAAAUUGCAGCCAUGAAUCUGGGCAAGUUUCGCAAGGUACAGCAAGAGCUGGAGGAUGCUGAGGAGAGAGCCGACGUCGCUGAAGGAACUCUGCAGAAACUUAGAGCCAAGAACCGAAGCUCUGUUUCAAUGGCUCGCAACUGAAUAAAACUUUGAACACGACAGGCAUUGGGACGCCUAAUAGCUCUGAGAUUCUUGAUACAUGCAACAGCUGGAACAUUUCGCAGAUAUGGCGAUAUAUAAUACCAACACUGAAAAUAUUGCUCGUUUCACAAUUCUGUAUUCUGUCGCAGAUGCAUUACAGGUGCCAUAACUGUAUUCUGCCAUGUACAUAAUAUUUAAUUCAAUAUUUAUGUAACAUUCAUUGUGCAAGAAGA